CUAGAAAAUACUCUUCACAUCAACAAACGAUGAUAGCUAAAUGAUUCUUUGUUCAUCACUCAACUCGCGGAGACUCAUUCAGUUUCUUCUGUGCCUUCGGAGUGGAAAGAUCUCGCAAAAGGAAUUCAAAAGUGCUGUGAAAUGUUGAAAAUCUUUCUUUGUGCCCUACUUCUUGUGAUGCUCAAUGGAGCUCACAGCACAAACCCGCCUAAAUGGGAGAAAGUUCAUACGGUUAAGGGUAAUCUGAUCAUCCCCUAUGCGGAGAUCAGUGAACCCUUCUAUGCGUGGUACGAUGAGAACUCUGGACGCUCAAGGAUUGACUACUACGGUGGAAUGGUGAAGACGUACCAGUUGACGCACAGUGGUACCUUCGGGACGUCCCUCAAAGUAGCUCCCGUAACCACAGACGACACCCUCAAUCACGUUACCUGCCUCCAGGUAAAUGGAACAGACGACAACAAGAUUGAAGUGCAAAGUGUCCUGCCAAAUGCAAAGGAUUUCCGCUUAAUCGGCACAGAAGACGUCGUAGGGUUGCCAUGUGAUAAGUUCUACUACGAAGAGGUCAUUGGACAGAAGAAGAACACGUACACACUGUGGGUGCGCUACAAGAAAUCCCCAAAGUAUCCUGCUGCUAGGAUGCCAAUCCCCGUGCGGUAUGAGAUGCGAGGGUUCAAUACACUCCUUGGCUCACACUAUGAUCACUACUACCUCGAGUACGACUACUACAGUCACGAAGACAUUCCCGAUGAGAUCUUCGAAGUGGACAUGGAUGAACCAUGCACGGGAUUCCCAGGGCCAGGAGCUGGACACUACGCUACGUUCAAUCCAAUGAAGGAGUUCGUGCAUCCGCGCUCAACGGAGCACGUUGAGGAUGAAUUCAGGCGAUUCAUUACCAAGCACGGGAAGGAUUUUGGGAGUGACGUUGAGCAGGAAUACAGAAGGAAUGUCUUUACUCACAAUCUCAGAUUCAUCCACUCAAUGAACCGAGCUAAACUUGGCUAUACUCUUGCUGUUAAUAAAUUAGCUGAUCGAACUGCAGACGAAUUGAAGGCUUUGAGAGGAUUUAGGCCAACAAAGGUGGAGGGUGGCAAUGGUGGUCAACCUUUUCCCUAUGACUAUGAGAAAAUGGCGGAAUCCCUUCCAGAGCAGUACGACUGGAGACUAUACGGAGCUGUUACACCUGUUAAAGAUCAAUCUGUUUGCGGUUCAUGCUGGUCUUUUGGCACCAUUGGAGCCAUCGAGGGUGCGUUCUUCCUCAAAAAUGGCGGGAAUCUCGUGAGACUAUCUCAACAGGCUCUAAUUGACUGCUCAUGGGGAUACGGCAACAACGGAUGCGAUGGUGGUGAAGACUUCCGCGUGUAUCAGUGGAUGAUGAAGCAUGGCGGUGUCCCAACUGAGGAAGAAUAUGGCGGCUAUCUGGGUCAAGAUGGCUACUGCCACAUUGAGAAUGUAACCCUCGUUGCUCCAAUCACGGGCUUCGUUAAUGUCACCCCCAACAAUGUGAACGCCUUCAAGGUGGCCCUCUUCAAGCAUGGACCCCUCUCUGUAGCCAUUGACGCCUCACAGAAGACCUUCAGCUUCUACUCUCAUGGCGUCUACUACGACAAAAACUGCAAGAAUGACGUAGAUGGGCUGGAUCAUGCUGUCCUAGCUGUUGGGUAUGGCAUAAUGAACGGAGAGCAGUAUUGGCUCGUCAAGAAUUCCUGGUCCAACUACUGGGGCAACCAGGGGUACAUUCUCAUGUCGGCGCGUGAUAAUAAUUGCGGUGUCAUGACGUCACCUACCUACGUGACAAUGUAAGGACUUAUGGCGUCUUUUUUACGGGAAUUCUUCCUAAUUUUUCGAACUUGUUCUUUCUAUAAAAAAAUAAAUCUGAAAACUAAUAAAGAGGCUCAAUCAAUUAUAAAAGAGAAA